UGAGCCCCUAACAACAACUAGCUAACGGUCAAAACAUACCCAUUGUGAUUUACAAACGGUUAUAUUAAUGACGGAUUUGAUGCGCCUUUUGAAACUUAUCUCUGGAUUCCAGACCGUUGUGGUGGAUCCCUUACUGCACCCUUCAAAUUUACGGUUAAGAGCCGGAGCGGCGCCCGGUGGACGAUAGCUAUCCCACAGGCCACAUCGCCAUUGCUCGGAGCUCGGUGCUGGUGCUUAAAGAGCAAGAAGUUCUAACACUACGAAGACCGAGGGUUUUAUGAUGAAGAGGAAAGGUCGCCACAAUCGUGUGGUGCCAACACAGAGGCCACAAUCCCCAAUUAAACCCUCACGGAACCGUGAGACGUUGACAUACGCUGAAGCCCAGCGCAUUGUGGAGACAGAGAUUGAUGGGCGUGUGCACCGGAUCAGCAUCUAUGACAAACUGGAGAUUAUUGACAGCGAAGACCCAGUCGCACAGGAAAUCAAUGAGUGUAACAGCAACAAAGAGAACUCUGAAAAGCCACAGCAGGUUUUGCUACGCUCUGUACGCCUCAAAAAUAACCAGCAGAAGAAAAAUGCUGGCCUCAGUGCCACGCCUGUGCAGGAAAGGACCACGUUGCCAGAGCCCAAAAUCCGCACUGUAGAGUACAACCUGCCUGUGGUGCCUCGAAGACCCCCUGCGUACUACACUUAUGUGGAAAAGACGUCAGAUGAGCUGGAUGAGGAAGUGGAGUAUGACAUGGAUGAGGAAGACUAUGCAUGGCUGGAAUUGGUCAAUGAGAAGAGGAAGAGCGAGGGCUGCAGCCAGGUGUCUCAGAACGUGUUUGAGUUUCUCAUGGAUCGUUUUGAGAAGGAAUCGUUCUUCGAGAGCCAAGGUCGAGGGGACCCGCAGUCGCUCAUUGAUGAGGACGCGGUGUGCUGUAUAUGCAUGGAUGGAGAGUGUCAGAACAGCAAUGCCAUCCUCUUCUGUGAUAAAUGCAACAUGGCUGUGCAUCAGGAGUGCUAUGGCGUACCCUACAUUCCCGAGGGCCAGUGGCUAUGCCGCCAUUGCCUGCAGUCACCAUCGCAGCCUGCUGAGUGCGUCUUCUGCCCAAACAGGGGAGGCGCUCUUAAAAAGACUGAUGAUGAUCGUUGGGGCCACGUGGUAUGUGCCAUCUGGGUGCCCGAGGUUGGGUUUACCAAUACAGUCUUCAUUGAGCCCAUAGAUGGGGUGGCAAACAUCCCACCAGCCCGCUGGAAACUCACAUGCUACCUCUGUAAGGAGAAAGGAGUCGGCGCUUGCAUCCAGUGCCACAAGGCCAACUGCUACACUGCUUUCCACGUGAGCUGUGCGCAGAAAGCUGGCCUUUACAUGAGGAUGGAGCCGGUCAAAGAGCUGACGGAGACAGGCACCACAUCCUUCUCUGUGAAGAAGACGGCCUACUGUGGAGCGCACACACCCAACGGAUGCAUCAGGAGACCACUCACCAUCUACGAUGAACCCAAACCCAAAAAUGGACUGAUUCAAAAGGAGGAAGCUAAAUCUGGGAAGACAAAAGCGAAAGGGUGUCAGAAAAAGAGGAAGAGUAAAAAAACAGAGUUGGAGUCAGCCCCAACGGUUCCGUCAGUGUCUGUGCCCAGGUUAUCACCUAAAAGCUUUGACACAAUUUUGAAUCAGGUGUCUGUGCAGAAGAAGAAAAUGUUUGUUGAGCGGGUCCUGAGUUACUGGGUGCUCAAAAGGCAGUCAAGGAAUGGUGCUCCUCUCAUUAGACGGCUGCAGACUACUAUACAAAUUCAGAAAUCUCCACAGCAGGAUCAGAGUGAAGAGGAUAGUAAGACUCUGAAGGAGCAGCUGAAGGAGUGGCACCGACUGCGCCAUGACCUGGAGAGAGCUCGGCUGCUGCUAGAGCUCAUUCGCAAAAGAGAAAAGCUGAAGAGAGAACAGAUGAAGCUUCAGCAGUCUGUCCUAGAAAUGCAGCUCACUCCAUUUAACAUUCUGCUGAGAGCGGUUCUGGACAAGCUUCAAGAGAAGGACCAGGCCAGGGUGUUUGCCCAGCCCGUUAGCAUCAAAGAGGUUCCGGAUUAUCUGGAUCACAUCAAGCACCCGAUGGACUUCUCUACCAUGAGAAAACGAAUUGAUGCCCAUGGUUACAGGAACCUGGAUGAGUUUGAGGAUGACUUCAACCUCAUCGUUGCUAACUGUAUGAAGUACAAUGCCAAGGAUACCUUCUUUUACCGGGCCGCAGUACGUCUGAGGGACCACGGCGGAGCUGUGCUCAGGAAAACUCGUCGCGAUGCCGAGCGGAUUGGCUUUGACUUCCCCAGUGGGAUGCACCUUCCAGAGCCGCCCAAGAUGGAGGCCCCUUCGCCUUUGUCCUGGGAUGAUGUGGACCAAUUGUUGAACCCAUCAUAUCGGGAACAUAUGACCCUGGAGGAGCAGCUGAAAGCGCUUCUGGAGAAACUGGACCUGACCAGCGCCACAAAGUCCUGUCCAGCGCGCAGCAAACGCCUCAAACUGCUGAAGAAGACCAUCUGUGACGUACGCAGUGAGAUGAGCUUGAGGAAGAUUGAUCGUGCAUCUGCAGAGCAGAGUAAAACCAGUGAGGAAGAGGAAGAGAAGCCACUCCCUCCUGAGCAAGCCCCAGAGGAUGAAGGGGACAAGUCAUUGCCACCUAAACUGGAGCCAUCAGAUUCUGCACCCCUGCUGAACUCAGACAGUCACAGCUCCUCAGCUCCCCCGACACUGAACCAGAUGGAGUCCUGUCUGGAGGAGAACCUGAAACAGAUGAAGGGAGAUGAGGAGAACCACACUACCUCAGUGCUGAAUGUUCAGACCCCCGACCCCGCCCUCUCUGAGAACAACAUCAGCACGAUUGUUUCCUCCCCAGCUGCCGACCCACCCGGCACGGUCAGCAGACGCACAGCUGUCCUCUUCCGCAAGUCGAAGAGUGUUAGCCCACAGAAAGCCCCUAUAGCGGAAGAGGGCAUACUGGGAUGCCCACAGCUGGGUACCAAAACUUUCCUCUCAGUGGUCAUACCCAGACUAGAGACACUCCUACAGCCCCGCAAGAGGACGCACAGCGACAGUCAAGACAUGGAAGAGGAAUGUCCCAUCAAACGCCUUGACACUGGGAUGUGUAAUGGCUUUGCAGUGGAGCAGGAGAGAAAAGUGGAGCCUCGCCGCCGCUGUGCCUCAGAGUCCAGCAUCUCCUCCAGUGGCAGUGCACCAGGACACACCUUCAGUGGCUCUAAAUGUGGAAAAGGAAAACCGACUGCAGCACGGCGGAAUACCACAGAUGACAAAAACCAGCUCAUCGCUUGCAUUGAAACAGGGAACAUCACCAAAGCCUCCAAGAUUGCAGCAGAAGUUUGCAAGAACAAUAUUUGGAUGCCCACUGUUCUGGAACCACUUAAACUAGUUUGGGCAAAAUGUAGCGGCUACCCUUCCUACCCUGCCCUGAUAAUAGAUCCACAGAUGUCGCGGCUGGGUUGUCGUCUCAGCGGCGUGUUCAUCCCUCCUCCACCGUGGCCCGUUCUCAGGGUCGGAGAGCAGAUGCAGUUCAACUCAGAGGAGAAACUCUUCCUCGUCCGCUUCUUCGACAACAAACGCAACUGGCAAUGGCUUCCUAAAUCUAAGAUGGUUCCUCUUGGCGUUGACGAGACCAUAGACAAGAUCAAACUGUUAGAGGGCCGUUCGUCGAGUGUCCGUAAAGCUGUACAGACUGCAUAUGACUGCGCUAAGACCCAUCUGAGUCAGGCGCAGCAUUUACCUGCAACUAGUCUGAGCUUUGAGGGUUAAAUCUCUCUUUUUUACCCUCUGCACCACUUUCUCCUGGCAUCUCACUGGAGGCCAUGACCUUUCAUGUUUACAGGGUGCAUGCAUCAGAGCGCUCUCUGUCUCU